GUUUAUGUUGGCAGUUGAUACACACCUAGUCGUUGCUCAAUUCGAUUAAAGUAAAGUUACAUAAAUGCGCGUGUAUCUAAUCGAGAUUUUCAAUACCUCAUUAUUUUAAAUACUCGCCGAGAUUAAAAGUUUAAUUCCUUGUCUUCAAUUUGUUAAAAUGAGUGCCAAAAAAAUUACUAUCGUUUUUGAUAAUCCAGAUCGCAUUUAUCUCCCUGGAGAAAUUGUGACAGGAAGAGUAGAAUUUGUGCUCCAUUCUGUACUGAGUAUUAGAGGAGUUGAACUGAAGAUUAUAGGAGAAGCUAUAAAAUGCGAAUGGUGGGAAGACGAUGUUCACGCGUGGUCAAGAGAGACCUAUCUCAAUAGUAAACUGAUUUUAGUCGGAGGAACUGGAACAAAAUUGAAAUUGCCCGUGGGACAACAUUCUUAUCCAUUUUCGGUAUUGUUGCCAUCUGAAAUUCCAUCCACUUUUGUUGGUGAAUAUGGUGAAAUAUUAUAUUAUAUGAAAGCGAAAAUUGAUAUUCCAUUUGCUUUCGAUUACGAACAUAUAGCCAUAUUUUUUGUUGUGAAUCCUGUCGAUUUGAUUUUGAAUUUAAACCCGAACUUGAGAACUCCAUACAUGAAAGAAAAAAGCAAAAAAUUUUGGUUCCUGUGCUGGAAAAGUAGACCUCUCACCAUGGUUGUGCAUUUACCUAUGACUGGCUACUGUUCAUCAGAACGCAUUCCGUUUACUAUAGAAAUCGAUAACGCAAGUGAUGUCGCGGUGCUUGCUAUUUAUGUUCAUUUGAAACGGAAAUUAAAAUGGAUAUCGAAAUUCCCAUAUACGAAGAAGGAAGACACUGAACUCGAAAAAUUACGUUUUGAUGGCGUGAGAGAAGGCAAAUCCAACAUAGUCAGCGGAUAUUGCACAAUUCCCCGUAAUAUUUUAUUUCCUAACUUGGAGUAUUGUUCGAUCAUUCAAAUAAGCCACGAAUUACAUAUUGUAGCUGAAUCCACAGGAGCGCAUUUAAACCUGCAUAUUCGAAUUCCUAUUAGAAUUGGCGAUAUUCCUCUAUCUGAAGAUCACAACUCUUCCACCAAUCCUGAUAAUACGGGUUCUGUUUCUUCAAACGACGAUUUCCCUUCAUCUACUUCGCGUGAUAACAUUGAACAAAUGCCUGAGAUUUCUGUUGAUGAUCAAAGAUAUCCUCGGCCGAAUUAUCCGGAUGAUGUGAAUCCAUCUCCAGGGAGGGUAGUCCAGGUACAGCAGGAUGAACCACAACCUCCUCCAGCUCUAUCAUCAACAACUCAGCCAGCCACGGAUCUCGAACGUUCCCAACACGAACUUCUUCCUUUUGAGACUUGUUCCAGUAUCGCCGACGAUAGUGUUCCUCUUCUUUGUUCGGAAAGUGCUGUGCAAUUUGAAAAAUCGUCUUUUUUGGAUGACUAUACAAAUCACGGUACCUAAUGAAAAAUAGUGGAAAAAACUGAUAUGCAUUAAAUUUUGCGUCAAGCUCAAAAAUUUCGGUGAUUUUUUUUGUAAAUAAUCAAAGUAGACUAAAAUUUGAUUCUGAAUUCGAAACUGAUAAGAUUUUCAUGUUGAUCCUAUAUUUAAAAAUUUUUGCUCUAAAAAUGAACACUUCCUAUUGAAUAUCUGAGAUAUUUAAUAAAUUAUUACUAUUCUUGCAGGUUCGCUUGUUGAAUUUGGAAGUAGCAUAAUUUUUAUUAUGAUAUCAAAACUGAAACUUUCAGCUCGAAAAAUAAAAGUGAUUGUGUUUUUUCGUAGGUAACUAAUAGGUUGUCAAUGCUUUUGCAAAAGUUAUCACACUAAAAUUUUGAAUUUUUUAAUAUAAUUUUUGUGAUCUUAAUCAAUCCUUAUAAUCUAUUGAAAUAAGUUCAAAUUUUGCGCUAAAUUUGAAAAUUUUAAUUUUCUUGCAAUUACCUACUUUUGCGCAAAAUUUUUGUUGUAACUACUUCAGUAAUUUUAUAAAAAAGAAGUCUAUGAAUUUUGUUAGAAGGGAAAUUUCGAUUGGAGGAUUGGUUUUAGACAGACUCUACAACCACAAAAAAAAACACGUUAGCGACCAAAAGGAUUAAUUUUAAUUAGGAUUUUAAAAAAAUUUCCAAAUUUCGAAUAAUGAAAUUCAAUAUUUGAAAUUUUAUCUACUUUGUGUUGUAUUUUUGGAUGUCAUUUUGAUUCAUUCUUAUUUCAACCGUAAUUUUUUGGCUGAUUGGAAUAUCUAUGAUGCCUUACUUGUUGGUAGAUACAAUUAACGUGAAUGUUUUUUUAAAUUUAUUUUUAAUGAGAAUUAUCAAAAUUUUACAAUAAAAAAUUACCUUUUAAAA